AUGUCGUCGAGUCGCAGCGGCAGUGUCAGCUCCAAGGGCAGCAGCAAAUCCAACAGGCCCAAGUCGUCAAUCCUGCAGCUGGUCGACUGUCUCACGACACACCGAGUGAACACGCUCACAGAGCUCUGCCGCAUCGAGCGUAUAGCCGCGUCGUGCGAGGAUGAAGCCGACGCAAAGGCCUUCCAGAAGCCCAUGACGGCAGCCUGGGUUCACUACGUCAACAGCAACCAGCUCCUGACGGAGUUGCGCGGUCUCACGAGGAGCUACCCAUUCUCCGGCGACGUCGUACGGGAGGCUUACCGUCGGGUCAGAAGCGACCCCAACAGCAAUCGCAGCUGGAAUUUGGCCUGGCUCUGCCUCCGAACGAUCAAGGACGACGGGCUGAUUACCGCGUUUGCGGCGGCAGAGGCGGCGCGGCCCGAGAUGUGGGGCCCUAUGCGGCCGAGCGUCGACGAUGUGGCCAAGCUGGCGGCCUGCUUUGAGCAGGAGUGGAAUACAGCCGUUGACACGAUGCUGCGGCAUUGGCAGCGAGCGCCGACUUGGUACUGA